GUUCAACCAACAGCAGCAGUUGGAAACUAAAGUGAUUUUUUUUUCGUUUUAAGAAAAAACCAACAUCAAAUUAACAAACAUUCCAACAUGACACAACAAGGCCAAGCCUUCGAUUCCAACGCCAUGACCUUGACACGUUUCGUGUUACAGGAACAGCGUAAAUUCAAAAAUGCCACCGGUGAUUUGUCUCAAUUGUUGAAUUGUAUUCAAACCUCGAUUAAGGCCAUUGCUUCGGCUGUACGCAAGGCUGGUAUUGCCAAAUUGCACGGUAUUGCUGGCGAUGUCAAUGUACAGGGUGAAGAAGUCAAGAAAUUGGAUGUUUUGUCCAAUGAAUUGUUCAUCAACAUGUUGAAGUCUUCGUACACCACCUGCUUGAUGGUCUCCGAAGAAAAUGAAAAUGUCAUUGAAGUCGAAACCGAGAAACAGGGCAAAUACAUUGUCUGCUUCGAUCCCUUGGAUGGCUCUUCCAACAUUGAUUGCUUGGUUUCCAUUGGUUCCAUCUUCUCCAUUUUCCGCAAAAAAACCGAAGGUGCCCCCACCGUCCAAGAUGCUUUGCAACCUGGCCGUGAAAUUGUUGCUGCUGGUUAUGCUUUGUAUGGUUCAGCCACCGCCAUUGUCUUGAGUUUGGGUCAAGGUUCCGGUGUAAAUGGUUUCACCUAUGAUCCUGCCAUUGGUGAAUUCAUCCUGACCGAACCAAAUAUGCGUGUACCCGAAAAGGGCAAAAUCUACUCGAUUAAUGAAGGUUAUGCCUCCGAUUGGGAAGCUGGUGUCUUCAAUUAUAUUGCCGCCAAAAAGGAUCCCACCAAGGGCAAGCCAUACGGUGCCCGUUAUGUUGGUUCUAUGGUUGCUGAUGUUCAUCGUACCAUUAAAUACGGUGGUAUUUUCAUCUAUCCCGCUACCAAAUCGGCACCCAAUGGCAAAUUGCGUUUGUUGUACGAGUGCAAUCCAAUGGCUUAUUUGAUGGAACAAGCCGGUGGUUUGGCUAGCAAUGGUAAAAUUCCAAUUUUGGAUAUUGUACCACAAAAGAUUCACGAAAGAUCUCCAAUAUUUUUGGGUUCGAAAUUGGAUGUUGAAGAAGCUUUGAGUUAUUAUCAAAAGGCUUAAGAAGUUGUA